AUGGUUCUAAAGUUUUCUCUAAGAUUGACCUUAGGAGUGGAUAUCACCAAUCAAAGUGAAGAUGAAUAUGUUGAUCAUUUACGUCAAGUGUUUAGUGUUCUAGCUAAGGAGAAGUUAUAUGGUAACUUGGAGAAAUGUCAAUUCUUUUCGGAGUCAGUUAAGUUUCUUAGGAGGUUUGUCCCAAACUUUAGUUCAAUCAUGGCCCCUAUCACCGAACUCACAAAACUUAAGACUUUUGAGUGGAAUUACAAAGCACAAGCAGCCUUUGACACUAUCAAAAACAAACUUACCACCGCACCUGUUCUAGCUUUGCCUAAUUUUGAUGAUAUUUUUGAAGUAGAGUGUGAUGUAUCUGGGCAAGACAAUCGGGUUUCUCCUUUCUUUGUAGUUUAUGGCCUUAAUCCAUUAACCCCUAUAGAUCUUACACCUUUUCCUACACCUUUGAAGUUUAGUCAUGAUGCUGAGUCUAGAACCAAUGAGAUUCAAAAGAUUUGA